UUCAGCAGGGCUGUCUAGUUGAAGUGCACCGUCCUGUGUAUCCAUGGUAUUGUUUGCACUCAUCUCACUCUGUUGUGCAUUUUGCACUUUAUGUAGUUUUGUAUAAAUGUGUAUUGUGCCACUGUAUUGUUAUGUGCUGAACCAUGGUCCUGUGGCAAUGGCAUUUCAUUUCGAUAUAUUCAAGCUAUAUGCUGUAGAGGAAUGACAGUAAAAAUCACUUGACUGCUUGGUUACUCCAGUGUACCUGUAGCUGUUGGAAGAACAGAGAGAUGUUAGAGAUGAUACACAGACUGAGUCACUAAACAGUCAAGCUCCAAGUAAUCCAAUGCUGUAAUAAUAGUAGUGAUACACAUGGAAAGAACAUGACAAAACAGAGCACCUACACAGAUAUAUAACGUUAAGUCAGGGGCGUAGUGCUGAGGUAAUACUGUUUCAGGGCGACGUGUGUUCAGAAUAAGAGUAUUAAUACUCAGCUAAUCACAGAAGGGAUUCUGCGACUGAAUAAUGUCCACACUGGGAUUUAAGCUUUGGUUAUGAGUGGUGCAACCGGGUGGAGACGGCCAAUGUUGUGGCUUUUGCUGCGCAACAAGUAGGAGUGUAGAGCGCAUGCGCGGCGCUCAGUAAACCGCUACGACCGACAGGAGAGCAGAACCGCUCGCGCGCGCGGAAACCCUCGCCGCUUGAUGUGUGAGUUGUUUCCGGUUGUCUGAGCAUCCAGGACAAACGGCGAAGAAGUCAGGGUUUACAGUUCAACAUCUUCUUCGACACCCGAACUGAUCUCGAUUAGGUUUCGUAGAGAAGAGAAAUCACCCAAUCUCUGAUUUACAGGACGACACCCAGCGCGUGUUUUUGCUUUCACAGUUGACGGCUACACCUAUCGCUCAGGGGGGUUAUUCCUUUAGAGGAUUUCUUUGACCUCUGGAUCUCAUCAAGGAUUGAAGUUGUUUGAGCUGAGGUCUUCUGCAUGAUGGACUGACCCUCCUCAAUUGGCAGUGUGUAUCCACUUUCUGCUGUAGUGUGUGUGACUGAGUGUGUGAGUGACGUGUGCUCCAUGGUGACCCAUGGGCCGCUCUCCCAUCAGCCUGUCCACACUGAAGCUGGGGAGGUUAAAGGUCAUCCGCAGGCAGCUGCUUCAGCACUACGAGCACCAGCCCUUUGUCUCCUGCCUGGCUGGACUCUAUGGCUGCCAGUGGAGGCGCUAUCAGAGGGCCAGAGCCCAACCUGGGGAGUGCUGCUGUAGCAGGUUGGAGUGUGCUAGUUUUCUCCUCCUCCUCAUCACAUUUUUCCUGACACUGGUGUUCCUGUAUUUCUGGAGUCAGGCUCAGAAUGACUACGAUGAUUUUGAUUGGUUUAACUUUGGGAAUAUGGGCUUCUGGUUUCCCUGGUCAGUGGUGCUGCUGGUGGUGGCGGGGUCACUUUUCACCUACAUCGCCCUCCUGCUGGUCUUAGCGGUGUGUCUUCUCUCUGAAGGACAGAGACUUUAUCUGCACUGGAGCCACAAAAUUGGUAUUCUGGUGACCCUGACAUUCUCUGUCAGUGCCACAGCUGUACUCUCGGAUCUAUGGAGCAAAGAGUGGCAGACCCUCCUCCUGUCCUUUCAGGUCACAGCACCUUUUCUGCAUGUGGGUGGAGUCUCACUCAUGGCUCUCCUGUCUUGGCCAAUAGCCUUACACUUCUUUCGAAUGAAUAAAAGAGUGAGGCAGGUGGCCAUCCUGGGCUCAUACCUGGCUGUGCUCUUUGCCUUGUACCUGGUCCCUCUGGGCAUGUAUUCCCCCUGCAUUAAAGAAGAGGGCACACUGGGUCCAGCACCCAUCCUCAUCGGGCACAGAGGAGCUCCCAUGGUCGCACCAGAGAACACACAGCUGUCUUUCCAGAAAGCUGUGGAGGCUGGAGGAGAGGGCCUAGAGACUGAUGUCACUAUUAGCUAUGACGGUGUCCCAUUCCUCAUGCACGACAGCACACUGAGGAGAACAACUGACGUACGCAAGGUGUUUUCCAACCGAACUAACACUCCAGCAGCCAUGUUCACCUGGGCCGAGCUGGAGAUGCUCAAUGCUGGAGCCUGGUUCCUGCAGAGGGAUCCAUUUGGCACAGCAUCAUCUUUGGACCCAGAUGAUCGAGCCCAGGUGGAGAACCAGACAGUGCCCACACUGAAAGAGUUUUUGGACUUAGCUGCACAGCACAGGAGUUUGGUGAUCUUUGACCUCCGUCGGCCACCUCCAGGUCACCCAUACCGGAACACAUGGAUCACCCGAACUCUGGAGGUCAUCCAUAACGAAUCCGUUAUCAACUCUAGCCAGGUGCUGUGGCUUCCAGCAGAUCAGAGAGACCUGGUGCAGGAGCUGGACCCAGAGCUGCAGCAGACUUCCGGGAGCCGAGCAUCCAUCGAGGAGCUGCAGGAGAACAACAUCGUCCGCCUCAAUCUGCACUACAGCUCUAUGUCCCAGGAGCAGAUCAAUAAAUAUGCCUCUGUGAACAUCAGCACUAACCUGUAUGUGAUCAGUCAGCCGUGGCUGUUCUCUCUGGCCUGGUGUGCUGGAGUUCAUUCAGUCACCACCAAUGCACCGCACCUCCUCAAGGUCCUCCACAAGCCCAUCUUCCUCAUGACCCCACACGAGUACAGUCUGAUGUGGAUUCUAACAGACGUUGUGUCUGCCAUCCUCAUCACAGCUAUUUUCAUAUUCCACUGGUGGCGAGAACGAGGCUUGCCAUUCUGGUCAGACAGCAAGCAAGUGCACGAGAAUGGCCUGUACAGCAAAUUUAGAACUGAAAUGAGUGACGUGUGGUCCAUCUCCAGUCUCAGUGUGCGAGGGGAGGUACGGAGUGGGCCCACCACGCCAAACCUGCCCACCAUCACAGAAGAACCAAGAGAAACGAGCGUUGAGAGAAAGGACUGUUUCUCUGUUUCGACUCCAUAAAGCGAUCCGUCUGUCCAUCGCUGACACCUGGGAGCUAUAUUGCCAGAACAUUUUCUUUUGAGAUUCAGACUAAGAUUUGAACCACUACUUCAUAGAGAACCAGCUGCGUAUGAAGUAACCAGCAUCUUCUCACUAAAACACAACAACAAAAAAACGCCAGGAUUCAUGAAAUAUUUAUCAUAUGCUCCUUAUUUAGUUCUGAAGGUAUGAUCAGUCUGUGCCAUUAUGAACACCUCUGGAAAUGUACAGAUUCUCAUAUAUGAGAAGAAAUGCUCUUUCAGUGCAUCAGCAGAUGGAAAAAAUAGAAAAACUUAAAGCACUUUGUGUGAUAUGGAUAAACAUAAAAGCAUAUAAAUAUAAAACUUUUUUUGCUACAUUAGAAUUGUAUUGCUAAUGUAUUAUAGCUUAUCAAUGAAUGUAUCUUAUCAACAACUUGAAUAUAAGCAUGACUGCAAAAUCACCACUGAGCUUCUGCUGCUUCUGCAGCACUGUCCAUGUGGCCAAGAGAUAAAAUUACAAACCAGUAUAAGUAUUUAAUCAACAUUCAAUAGUCGAUACCUAAUAGCUGUCAGUCAGGCAACGAAGUACCAGAAUGAAUCUUCCAGACUUUUCUGAAGCCUUCAGAGACAAUCAGCGCUAACACUUACAGACUGAGGCUGUUUUCACAAGGAUAUUUUGGCUUAAAAUAUGUGACAUUAUAUGCCACUGAAAUGUUGUAAACUCAUUCAAACAUGGAGGCUUAAAAAUGUAAAUUCCCAUGUAUACUUAAUGAGAGAGGGAAAAAAAAAUAGCACACAACACAUCCAAGAAACAUGCACAGAAACACGCUUAAAAGCUUCACUGCAGCUAUGGACAGAAUAGUUAUUCAUCAUUUACUAGAUUUUCAGAACAAUAUAAAAAAAAAACACCACUUUCUUUCAUUUUCUUUCCUCCAAAAAAAAGGCCGAAGCAUUUCCUAGCAUGCUUUACACGUUCGAAAGCAUAAUUCAAAUAUUACAACGGCUACGGAGGAAAUACUUUGAGGUGGACAAUGACAUAUACAGAUGUGCGGCAAAUAUAAGUAAAAAACAGUGCUCUGUUAAUCCCGGGGGGGGGGGGGGGGGGUUGGUAUUUAUUUUUGCUGGCAUGGUUUGGGUCCACUUAUCUGCUUAGAUGGAAGAGUCACGGCUAAUCAAUAAUACAAACUCAUCCUGACUGAUUGCCUUUAUCCUAUGAUGAAACAUUUCUAUCCUAGUAGGAGUGGUCUCUUCCAGGAUAACUCUGCCCCAUCCACUGGGCACAAAGGCUCACUGAAUCAUUUGAUCCGUAUGAAAUCGUAUAUAUUAUGUAUCGCCACCAUUAUCAAAACACUAAAUGAGGGAAUAUCUUUUGGAAGAAUGGUAUUCAUCUCUCCAGUUCACUGAAACUGGCCAGUUGAAGAUUAGAAAAAGAUCAGGAGACAUGUACAGUCUGUCUAGUUUCAGUGAGCCUGUGUCCACUGUAGCCUCAGGCUGACAGAAGUGGGACCUGAUGUGUUUUCUUUUUGCUGUGGAAGCCCAUCCUCUUCAAGUUUCGAUGUGUUGUGCUUUCUGAGAUGCUUUUCUUCUCACCACAGUUGUAAAGAGUGGGUAUUUGAGUAGCCUUUCUGGAAGCCUGGCUAUUCUCUGGUAAACACUUUCAUUAAGGUGUUUCUGCCAACAGAACUGGAAAGGUUUUUGUUUGUUUGUUUUGUUUUUUUGCACGGUUCCAUGUAAACACUAGAGAUUGUUGUGUGUGAAAAUCCAAGGAGAUCAGCCGUUUCUGAAACAUAUGAUUUGGUGCUUAUUGUAUAACAUAUUGACACAAAAAGUCCUUGUGAAUGCAGCCUAAUACCAGAAGAGCAGACAAUCUGUAUUUACAUAAACAGUUAGGGAAAGAUGAAUACAGUCUGUCUUGCAAAAUUUGCAGUUAUGAGAUGUCCGUGGUCUGGAGGUCCAACACAAACCACAACUGCAAAUCAUUGAGUAAUAAAUGUAAAGAAAAAGUAGACAUAGUGUAGAAUUAUUGUAGCUGUAGGGUAACAUGAAACAGUUUACACUAAGCACUUUCAUAAGUAAGCUGAUACAGUAAACACACAACAGCCAACAGUGAGGAACGAAUCGUGUGCAUUCUGUGUCACGCUACAUUCAAAACAUUCCUAGUAGAUUGUAAUAAAUAAUGCAGCCUUUGCACCUAUAAAUGGCUUGUAUUUAUUUCAUUUUAAUACAUCUUAAUAUAUUUAUUUUGCUAUAAAUAUGACUAAUGAAAUUAAAUAAAAGGUGUUCUGAAUAAGAAA